AUGAAGCUGCUCUUUGGCUUGGUGGUGCUUUUCCCCAUUUGCCUGUUGGCUAAUGCAGCUCCUCCAACUUGCUACUCAAGGAUGCUGAAUCUAAGCAAAGAAAUCAUGGAUUCCUUUAACACACUACAGAAUGAAGAGCCCCUGGAGCCCUGUGUGGAGGGACUGCCAAAACUUUAUUUGGAUAUACAUAAUUACUGUGUUCUGGCCAAACUGCGGGACUUCGUAGCAUCACCCCGCUGUCGGAAAGUCGCGCAAGUAGGUGCCCUGAAAGACAAAGUCCGGAAGCUGUACACCAUCAUGAACUCAUUCUGCAGGAGGGACUUGGUGUUCUUGUCUGAUGACUGUGAGGCCCUGGAAAACCCCAUCCAAGCUCCCACAACUGUGAGAUCCCAACUUAGGUCAGAGCCAAAGGAAGUUCCCAAGAUGUUUCCAGUUACACCAGCUGCCAAAACCUCAACUGGCUAA